AUGUAUAACCGCUAUGUCGAAACUGGACGCGUGCACUUCAUCAGACAGCACAGUUUAGAUGCAGCACAGCAACACAAGGCUCAAUGGGAUGAUCUGGUGACACCGCGUAGCCUUGGCCUUAUCCUCAAAAGCAUCACAACGGAAUACAAAUUCCCUCUUGAGUUCCCAGACCACAUCACUGUAUUGUAUAAGCUGCUUGAAGCUCCAACCAACGAGUCAACGUCGCUCAAGAUGGAAGCUUGGAUUCUAUCGGAACAAUAUCGCCGCUUGGCAGCACGAUGUAUCGACGACACUGCCAUCUAUGACUACACUACCGCAAAGAAGACGGUCCUGAAGCCGUUUAUGGUCGAGAAGUUCCAGCAAACAUUCAGCAUGCAACAGGCAAACCAAAAGAAAUAUACCGAUCAGGCAAAGCAGGCAAUUGAGGCUGCCAAGGAGCUUCAGAUAAAGUACACAUAG